AGUUUCGUGACAAAUUGUUAUGAGUCAGUUCAUCACGAUACAAGUUGGACAAUGCGGAAAUCAGAUCGGUUCAGCAUUUUGGCCUUUGACAUUGCACGAGUAUGGCGUACAAACGACUCAUACUGCCGUGAAUUUAUUGAAAACACAACGUCAUCAUAUUAAAAAUAUAAGCGAUCUAUCAGAUGCGUUUCAUAGUUUCUUUUCAGUACCUGAUAAUUCGCAUAAUUUAUGCUUCAAAACUAUAGCAGAUUUAAAAAAAGCUAAAGUCAAGGCCAGGGCGGUUUUGAUAGAUAUGGAAGAUAAUGUUAUAACAGGAAUAAAGAAAGGUCCCUUACAUGAUUUAUUCGAUGAAACUUGCAUGGUCACAAAUUAUCCAGGAUCUGGAAAUAAUUGGGCUGUGGGUUAUUAUACUCAUGGAACAGAAUAUCGUGAUAAAUUAGAGGAUAGCAUAAGGCGUACAGUUGAAAAAUGUUGUCGGUUACAUGGUUUCUUAAUUAUGCAUUCCCUUGGAGGUGGUACUGGUUCUGGGUUAGGGACAGCUACCUUAAAAUUAUUGGCUGAUAACUAUCCUAAUGUAGACAGACUGGUAUCUUGCAUAUAUCCAACAGUUAUGCAAGAUGUUGUUACAGCUCCAUAUAAUUCAUUGUUAGCAACACGAGAGCUUAUAGAAUACGCAACAUGUGUAUUUCCCGUUGAAAAUACAUCGCUUUUAGACAUAUGUACCUCGCAAUUGAGUAAAAAAGAGAACAUGGAUCAGAUAAAUUACAAUGUUUCGUGUAGACCAUUUCAAGAUAUGAAUAGUAUUGUUGUAAAUAUGCUUCUUCAUUUAACUAGCGGAUCUAGAUUUCCGGGUGUCUUAAAUAUGGAUAUAAACGAAAUAGCAACAAAUCUUGUACCAUAUCCAAAAUUACAGUAUAUAUUUAGUAGUGUCAGUCCGACAGCUCUAACCGCACCAAAAAUAUAUACUAUACAAGGAACAAAGAUGCAAGAUGAACUGUUUACUAAUGCAUGGUCACGAAGCAAUCGGUUGAUUAAAAUAGAUCCGCUCCAGGCAGAUUCAAUAACUUUCAGCGCUGCACACAUCGCAAGGGGAAAUUGUUCUAUGACCGAUUUACAACGAAAUAUUGAAAGGUUUCAAAGUAAAGUUAAGUUUACGGAGUGGAGUAAAGAGGCUAUGAAAGUAGGCUUGUGUUCCAUACCCCCAGCUGGACAUUCGGCCUCUGUGUUAUGUCUUUUAAACUCAUCUGCGAUGUCAUCGUUAUUUAAGAAUAUCAUAAAGCAGUUUACUACAUUAUAUAAGAGAAAGGCACACGUGCAUCACUAUACGCAAGUUCAAGGCUUCGAAGAAGCAUAUUUUGCUGAUAGUAAAGAGACACUUACAAACUUAGUUACACAAUAUGCCGAACUGCAAACAGUGAAACAAAUAGAUAUUUCUCGGCUACAGAUUAUUUAAUUACAUUU